GGAUGACCACGAGCUGUCUUGAUAUGCAAUAGCAGGGCGGUCUAUGAAAAUCGUAUUAAAUAAUGCGAUGUCCAAUUUCUCCCAGUUCGCGGCUGCAGAAAAAUGAAUCUGCUGGUUACCAUCUCCCUAGCAGCAGUAAUCCUGCUCUAUAUUGUGCGGUACGGGCUCAAGUCAAAGCUACCGUUGCCAUUACCUCCAGGCCCGACCUUUUUCUUCGGGAUACUCCCAGAGAAGAACAUUGCAGAAAGAUUUCAAAAAUGGAACCAGAGAUAUGGUCCCGUCGUCUCUGUUCGCAUCGGUCGACAGCUAUUCAUAAUCUUGGGCACCCGUCAAGCAGCCUAUGAUCUGUUGGAGAGGCGAGCCCCCAUCUACAGCUCGCGUCCGCCUUCAUUGUUUCUAGACAAGUACUUGCACAAAGGCCUCUCAUCUGCUUUCAUGCCAUACGGCUCCCGAUGGAGACUCCACAGACGACUACAAACUUCCUUUUUGAGCGUCCAGGCCUCCAAGGCCUACCGGAAUCUGCAAGAUAUUCAGAGCAAGAAACUAUUGCAUGAUUUUCUCUCCACUGAUGACUUCUCUGAGGUUUUCUAUCGGUAUACGUCGGAUGUCAUGUUUACUCUCGCCUAUGGAAAGGAUGAAGGAAAGGAUCAGUGUGAUCACCAGCGAUUACAUCAAAUCAACGAAAUGGCGAUGUUCGUAUUGCAGACAGCCUCCUUCGGAAUGACCCUGUUGGACCGCUUCCCAUUUCUGGAUCGAUUGCCACACCACAUUAUGAAGUGGCGUCGUAUGGCAGAGAAUCUCCACCACAAGGCGAAAGACGCAUACACAGACUGCUGCCGUAGUGCCUUACAAGGAAGUUGUUGGAAUUGGAGCCACGAGGCACAGCGACGAAGCGAGGCGAAAGAGCUGCCCUGGGAAGAAGUUUGCUACUCUAUCGGUGAGCUUUAUGUAGCAGGAAUUCAUACAACAAAAAUGGUCCUUGAGCACUUUAUCGAGGCUAGUAUUACACACCCCGAAAUGGUGAGAAAAGCCCAAGAAGAGCUUGACUCAGUGGUCGGGACAGAACGACUUCCGGCCUUUGACGACAUGGACCAUCUUCCCUAUAUCAAGGCAGUUAUCUCAGAGCUUCUACGUUGGAGGACCAUAUCCACCAUUGGUGUUCCUCACACCGUCAUCGAGGACGACGAAUACAUGGGUUACUCCAUUCCCGCCGGCGCUACAGUUGUUGCCAAUCAGUUUGGAAUGAACAUGGACGAGGCUAUCUUCGAAGAGCCAACUAGUUUUAAUCCAGAUCGAUAUUUUCAAAACCCAGAGCUUCCUGUUUCUGCAUUCGGGUUUGGACGACGAUCAUGUCCUGGAAGUCGCCUCGCAGAAGCGAGUCUUUUUAUCGUGAUUGCAAGGCUACUUUGGGGCUAUCAGAUCUCCCCUGCGGAGGGAGACAAGCACCUCGAUGCAGCAUCAAGCCCAACCUGUUUCAUGGCAUCAAUUCGAGUCCGGAGCCUCAAGCACCAAAAGAUUAUUGAGAAGGGAUGGGUGGAGUUUGAGAUAGAGAAGAAAGGAAUUUCAAGUGUUAUUCAACAGAAUGUGCAGAGCCGCAAAGCACAUCCACGUGCAGAGUCAGCUUGUACAGUCUAAUAUUGGUGGAAAUGCCCUGUUUAUUUUACGGUGUUGCAGUUAUAUUGCUUCCUAUUGUCUACCUUCGGCGUUAUGGACCUCAAAAGGUUGAAAAGUUAUUGAGAACCGAAAGCUCAUUUAAUCAAGUUUAUCAAGACAGUAAUAGAAAUGAACAACAUCGAAG